AUGAAUCGGCAAAUGUCAUGCUGGGGUACUUUUCUGCUGACUCAGGGAUGGGUCAGUAGCUCUAUAACUCUCACAAGUGGAGAAGAAGCUUUAAGGCACAAGCUGCUUCAAACCACACAUACUUUUGUUCAGGUCAGUGGGCAAUCAGUGAUGCCUGAACUGAGAAUAUUAAUUAUUUGGGUGAUGGAGAGCAGUGGGACAGCUUCAGGCACAGCUGCAAACCUAACACAGCAACAAGAAACAUGGGACCUAGAAGAUACAGAAAUAUUGCAAGAUGUAAGAAAUCGUGACUUGAUCAGAAGAGCCAUUAUGAACAGGAGAAAUUCAACCAAAGAUGUGUCUAGCCCUAAGGAGAAGUCUAGAUCAUGCUUCUCGUCAUUAAAAUCCAGAGUGAAACACAACCCAACAUUUGAGAAGCAGUUUGAUUUUGAUAUCCCUGUGUUUAUGUGGGAACAGCACUUCACUCCUGAGACUUGGGGAAGACUGAAAGAUCGCAGCGUUCCAUAUGGUUGGCGUGAUGUGCCAUAUCCAGUUAUUGCAUCCACGGUGCAGCUUCUCACUGAGUCUGUCCACAGUCAGCUAGUCGAUGAAACCAGGUUCCUUAACUGUUGCAUCUGCUGUGCCGUGGUUGGGAAUGGAGGAAUUUUGAAUGGGUCUCGCCAAGGGAAGAAGAUAGAUGCUCAUGACUUUGUCUUCAGGCUUAAUGGGGCAGUCACCAAAGGUUUUGAGGAAGAUGUUGGGACUAAGACUUCCUUCUAUGGCUUUACGGUGAACACUAUGAAGAAUUCCCUUGUUGCUUAUGCAGAAUAUGGCUUCAAACAAAUCCCACAGGGAAAAGAUGUACAGUACAUUUUCAUUCCAUCAAACGUACGAGACUACAUCAUGCUUCGGUCUGCCAUAUUGGGCAAUCAAGUCCCAGAGGGCUAUGACAAGGGUGAUAUCCCUUGGAAAUAUUUUGGAUCUGAGACAUCUGCAGGGAAAUUCAAGUUGCUGCACCCAGAAUUCAUUCAUUAUCUAAAAGAAAGGUUUUUAAAAUCAGAAAUUAUUAAUUCUCAGUUUGGUCAUCUCUACAUACCCAGCACUGGAGCACUUAUGCUUUUAACGGCUCUACAUACUUGUGAUCAGGUCAGUGCCUAUGGAUUCAUCACAGAGAAUUACAAGUUGUUUUCAGAUCAUUACUACGAGCAGGAGAAAAAGCCCCUGGUGUUCUACGCCAAUCAUGAUAUGUUACUAGAAGCCGGGCUAUGGAAGAGCUUGCACCGAGUUGGCAUCAUGAAGCUCUAUCAGCGAUGAAGAUAAGUAAUUCUGUGGGGGGAAAACAAAGGUGCAUUUUCCCUUGACUCUCUUUGUGCGAGAGCAUUUCUCAUGAGGAGGAACCCUUUUUUUUGUCUCCAGAAAUGAAACUGAUCAGCAGCACACUCCAAGCAUACUGGACACCUAAGGACUCGUAAGAAUCAUUCCCACUGGAUUUGGGAAAGACAGACCCAUCUGCUGUUACAAUGGUGUAGCCCGGAGAUGCAGCAAUGUUACUGCUGUACAGGAGAAUCUCAAAUACAGUUUCAUUGUAUUUAUUAUAGGCAAGUAUUCUCCUAGGCUUGCAUACAUUAUGCAGAGGUGGGCGUCACUCCAUUACCCUCCAUUUAGGACACAUCCAUCUAAUUGGUGCUGAGGACCAUAGAACUGUGCUCACAAGUAUCAGCCUAAAUGCAGAAGGCCACAACCAUCAGAACAGGACUCCUAUUCACAAACUCUGCAUGGCCUGCAUCCAGAGAAAAUGUCUUUAUUGAAGGUGAAUAAGUUCCAGUAAAGUGAAUACUAUUCCAAUACUAUGGAAUAGUUGUUUCUAGUAAGAAGGGAUAUCUUUGCCAGAAUUUAAAUCUGUCUUGGACUAUAUAGAUCUCUCAUCCACCCACACUCCACAAACUUGAACUCAGGGAUCCUUUGAGGUGUACAAAUGUUGGCCCACUUCUGUUUUCACAAUCAAGCUACAAUGGUACUGAGUAAUUCUUCCAUCUCCACAGUGGGAGAGAUCAGCCUUCUAACUGGGUGUUGUAAGGUUACUGAAUGCUACAACAUUCAAAAUAAAUCUGUGCUAAGGAAGUUGUGGGCAAUACCUCUACAAAUGUUUCAGUAGCCUGAAUUUCUCUGAAGGAGAAUUACGGUUUGGGAAAAGGGAUAGUUGCAGAUGAAAUGUUAUGUGCAGAAUACCUAACAAAUUCAAGUGUUCUUAUUAAAUGUAUUUAUAUAUAAAGUAGCAAUAAAUU